AUGGAACUCAGCCGAGCUCAAAGAUGCUCGGGCGGAGCUAUCGAGGAAGAGAGCGAGAGGGAGGAUGGGGCAUUUAACGUGGGUGGAUCCCACGAGGGUGUCCGACUGCAAGAUGAUGACCUGGAUCUGUUGGAGCCGAGGCCGGAGAAGUGUGUUGAUGAAGAGGGCGAUGGUGAUGUACUGGAUCCGUUGGAGCCGGGGCUGGAGAAGUGUGCUGAUGAUGAUGGCGAUGGUGAUGAUCUGGACUCGUUGGAGCCGGGGCUGGAGAAGUAUGUUGAUGAUGAUGGCGAUGAUGGUGCUGGUGAUGGUGAUGACCUGGAUCUGUUGGAGCCGGAGCUGGAGAAGUAUGUUGAUGAUGAUGGCGAUAGUAAUGGCGAUGGCGAUUGA